AGUUUUGGCCAGGUGGUCAUGCUCUACAUUAACUGCAAUGUCAAUGGACACCCAGUAAAGGCCUUUGUUGACUCAGGAGCUCAGAUGACAAUUAUGAGCCAAGCAUGUGCUGAGCGAUGUAAUAUCAUGCGUCUAGUGGACAGACGCUGGGCAGGCAUUGCCAAAGGUGUUGGCACCCAGAAAAUUAUAGGCCGAGUCCAUUUGGCCCAGGUACAGAUAGAAGGAGAUUUCCUGCCUUGCUCUUUCUCCAUUUUGGAAGAUCAGCCCAUGGAUAUGCUGCUUGGCCUUGACAUGCUGAAGAGACACCAGUGCUCCAUAGACCUAAAGAAAAAUGUCCUCCUCAUUGGGACAACGGGUACAGAGACACGUUUUCUACCUGAGGCAGAGCUGCCUGAGUGUGCCCGGCUGGCAUAUGGGCCAGAGGGACGAGAGGAUGCCCGGCCUGAGGAGAUUGCAGAUCGAGAACUGGCAGAGGCAAUACAAAGAUCUGUGCAGGACAGCGAUAUUGAAGAUGAAAAAACUACCUCACCACAAUCCCUGCCAUUUAAACCCCUCAAACAACCCACAACAACUUCAGCCUCAAGUCAACCCCUAGACCGUUCUAAGUCUGCCCCAGCCUCAAUAAACCAAGGAGUGUCCCCAAUUGAAAUUCCUGCAUUGAUUGAAUCCUCUCUACUUCAACCCUUGAAAGUGGGUGAACCCUCUCCAGAUCCCUCUGAUGACACCUUCAGAUCUCAGUCCCAAGGACCGGCAGAUCUGACAUCGGCUUGCUUGCAAACAGAUGCAGAUGCUCCUAUCCCAAGCGCUCUUUCCUCUCAGGAACCAUUCUCUAGUGCUGUGCCCGAGGACCAUGAAGUGAUAGGCAACAUUGUUCCAGGCGAUUCCGGCAGUCUGAUAGACGUGGAUUUGGGGAAGAAUAUCACUUCCUCUGGGACUGUAGCAGCAGAAUCUCCCUCUAUUCUUUUUAACCCAAGGUCUCAGAUUCAAACGCUGGAUCAGGAAGUGGACAUGGACAUUUCUUCCAAUGCAAAACCAGAAGCUGGCCAUGACUUUUCUGAUCAGUUCCAGAGAGACCAAGGUAGUAUGAUGGAGGAUGUUUCAGGGGCUCAACCACAACUCAUGCCUGUUCCAGAAUUUAACCUUGAACCCUGUCAUGCUGAGCCAGCCAUUUCUUCUGUCCAUUCAGACACUGCGAGUGUAAUACCCUGUGAAAGAGAACAGCAAGAGACCGAGAACAUCCCUUCCUUGGCUCGAGCCCUUAAGGAGCUUCAUAAACUUCUGAUGUCCAACACUUGUCCAACAGUUUCUGGAAGGAUUCCUCUAUCUGAUGCUAAUGAUACUACACCAAGACAAGAUGUUGUUGAAGUGGACCAGGAUCCUGCUGCAACAAACCAUGUCACUCUGAACCCAACUAUUGACUCAUCCUCUAAUACUGCCACAGCUAAUGACAUGGAAGAAAGUGUUGCCAAAGCUGACUUCACUUCUCAAUCAGUGGGAGAUAUUCCAGAUGUACCAACACCAAGCAAUCCAGGGCACACAGAGAACCAACCUUCUAGACAGGUAAAUCCCAUAGUGGAACAAAAGAAUGAGUGCCCUUAUGCGGCUGAAGAAAAUCGGGCCAUUGUUAUUGAAGAAGGUUCUGGGCCGGUGACGACUUCCCAAGGAGAUCUUGAGUUCCCUGAGGGUCAGCAAGGGCAGGACAUUGUGGACAAAAACACCUCAGGCAUUGACAUCUCUGCUGACCUGUUUCAGCAGCGCCCGCUUUCUGUAGCAGCUGGCUCAUCAACCAAUUCCAGCCUAGGGCCUGUUGCAUCUCCUCAAACUGAAACCACUGAGACGGUUCCUCUUUUCCUUGGAGACACCAUUCAACCCGCACCACAGCCCUCGAUGGGACAGUUUCCACUAGAGCACAUUCAGAGGAUCCAGGCAUCAGGGUUUUCAGCCCUUGAGGCUGCAGAGGCACUGGAACAGGCUCAAGGCAGCGUGGAGCUUGCCUUAUUGGUGCUGCUUGCAAGAAAGAUCACUGUGCCCUCAUAGACUCAGAAUCUACUCUUAUUGGUGGCAUCAGUUAACAUAUGAGCCUUUUUUCAUCCUGUGGUUUUACUUUAGCAGUCCUUGUGGUUUUGUACUGUGGUUGUGUCGUCUUCUGGCUCUUCUACUUUGCCAACAUACAUGUUUAAAAAAUAGAUUUGUGAGAAGCUGGCCAGAUUUCCCUUUCAACAGAACGAUGAUGUCUGUGCAGUCUUUUUUUUUUUUUUUUUUUAA